AUGCGCAGGAAGAAGGCCUUUACCUGGUGCCGAGGUAUAGACUGCGAUCCAACAAUCACCCCAAGGCAUGAGAUCGGUAUUGUAUUGUUACUAGCGUGUGCCAUCGUGGGCCAAUCCAGUUUCGGCGGCCGAGGGCUAUUCUGGGCCACACCAUUUGCCCAGUUCGGACAGCGCCGUUUUAGCCCUACGUGGAUGAUUGCCCAACGCGGACGUCGGCGACCAUUUUGGAUCCUCGGGCUCCAUCCGGGGACUACUCUACGCGCUGCCAUUGGCCACAGUUAUUUGAAAUACUGA